ACCCUGUAUAACACAGUCAAAGCGUAUGUCGCGUGUCUUUGCGUACGUAGAGGUACGGUUCCUUUUUUUUAUUCCGAGGAAAUACUUAUCACGCUUUUUACAGUGGCCGCAAUGAACGUACGCGACUCGCAGCGCGGUAUUCGCAUUUCGAAAUCCACUGUGGGCGUAAAUAUGUUAUUGCCACAUCCUUUUCGGGAUACCAAUAUUGGAAAAGUCCAAAUCGUUAGCAUUACCGGCGGUUCAGUCGUGUAUACACAAAUUCUGUAAUGGCGAUGUGAUCUGUCGGGUGUGCACGGGAUUUUCGCGAGUCACUGCUCAAAUUUGCAGUGAAUCUCUCGGAUCUUUUGACAAAUUGAUCGGACAGACCACAGCUGUACGAGUGUACGUUAUCUCUCGAUCACCAUUACGCCAACUGCUUGUUAUAUUGUCCCGAUUCGUCAGACGGGUGAGACGGAAAGGGUUAGCAUACACACAUAUACACACACAUACACACUAUGAGUGCAUCCUGGAAACCUUGUGCACCUGUAGAAUCGACGGAUCCUGCCAUCAUGGAAAGUUUAAACAGCAUGAUUCUUAACAUUGAUCCAACCAUUGAACACAUGUAUACCAAAACCAUGUUGAAGUAUUCUGAGACAAAUAACUCUUGCACAAAGAUUCUUAAUAAUAACAAAAAUAACAAUAUUAUUAAGAAAAGUUUUCUAUUACUGGAUGCACAAGAGAACUUAAUGGUUUCCGAUGCUAAAGAAUUUGUGCAGAAAUUGAAUUGUGUCGAGAAAGAUGCCAAAGUGAAAGUAGUGUCGAUAUUUGGGAACACAGGUGAUGGCAAGAGCCACACAAUGAAUCAGACAUUCUUCAUGGGCAAGGAAAUAUUCAAGACAUCAAACGAACAGGAUUGCUGUACUUUGGGUGUCUGGGCUGCAUUUGAUCCGAUACUGAAUGUUAUCUGCUUAGACACAGAGGGCUUACAAGGUGUUACAAAUUCUGAGAAUGAGCGUAUGAGAUUGUUACUCAAAGUACUUGCUGUGUCUGACAUUGUGAUUUACCGAAUCCAGUCGGAGAGAUUAAACAGGGAUUUAUUCACAUUCUUGGGUGCUGCGUCGCAUGCUUACUGUCAUCACUUCAAAGCUGCCUUGCAGGCAGUAGGUCAGGAUAAGGAUCAAGUGGAUUCCUUGGAUCUGUGCAUUUCGAGCAAACUUGGACCAAGCAUCAUCGUACUGCAUGAAACUAGACAUACCAGACCAUUGACUAAUAAUGGACCAGAAACCGCAGAGGAUAUCUUAAAGGCUAGAUUUCAGCAAAUGCAACUCGAAAUCAAAGCUUUCAGUUCUAUUACAUAUGUUGGUUUGCAAACGAUGAACAAUGUGACGGAUUACAAACAAUUACAAUCCGUGAUUAAAGCCGAAGUGAAUAACACGAUGGUUCGUUUAGCUAGAAAGCCACAUUUGGUGUACAACGCGCUCAAGAUGUUGAACAAAAAAUUCUCUGGCGAGACGGAGAGUUCCUCUAAUAUUCUGUUCCCGAAUCAAUAUUUCACCUGUCCAAUCAAGUGUCUGAGUUGCGCGAAUAGGUGUGAGAACAGUGUGGGACAUCUUCGCGAAGGGAAACCACAUUAUAUUAACACCAGGUGCCGAUAUCAGCGACAAUUCGAAAAUAUGGUGUACAUAUGCAGAAAGUGUUACAAGAACGGGAACGAAGUGGAAGUGAAUAAGAUCGAGCAAGAGGAAGAGAGCUGGUAUGGUAUAGCUGUGAGCGCCUGGUCAGGAUAUAUUAUAGAGUGCCCGAAUUGCGGAGAAAUAUACAAAAGCAGACAGUAUUGGUAUGGAAAUCGAAAUCCAGAAGAGACAGCAAUACGCAAGAAGAUCACUCAUGUGUGGAAUACGUCGAAUCAUGUUGUAGCGUCUAACAACACCGCACAGCGGGUUAUCGACGGUGUCUCUUACAUCACCGAGGCCGUCACAAACGUUUCCUUGCAGCCCACGAAAGCGCUGACCGCUUGGGUCGCGGAUCAAGUGGCGCCUUCUUAUUGGCGACCGAAUAAUGAAAUAAAACACUGUCACAACUGCAAGACUCCGUUCAACUCGACAGAUACCAAACACCACUGUCGAGACUGCGGGGAGGGCUUUUGCGCGCAAUGCUCGUCAAAGACGAAAAGCGUACCCAACAGAAACUGGCAUACUCCCGUGCGGGUCUGUGACAAGUGUUACGACAAGGAGACUAAUCACUCCAGCGACGAUUCUGCUGAGGCUACAGGGGAUGUUAAUAUUCGAAAAGUGACUGAGCAUGUGAUGUCGACUCUUAACGUCGUUGGCACUGUAUUUAGCUAUCCCAAGUCACUCAUAAAGGAUUCCAUUCGGCCGUCGUACUGGAUACCGGACUCUGAAAUCGUUCACUGUUACCUCUGCUCGAGGAAAUUUUCUGAGAAGCUUUCUCUACAUCACUGCAGAGAUUGCGGGCGUGGGGUGUGCCAGGACUGUUCGUCGCAUCGUAAGCCGGUACCUCACAGAGGAUGGGAAAGUCCAGUGAGGGUGUGCGAUGCCUGCGUUUAAUUAAAAAUUUAUCGAACAAAAAAUAUAAUUCUCUGACGGUUUUACGGAGCAGAAACUUUUCACCAAUGAGUUCAUAAAAUGAUACGAUGAGGCGCAUUCAGCGACGCACGCAAACGCUGUUUCUUAGAUUUAUAGAAUGAAGUGAAUAUCAAUGUUUCUUUCAACGCGAUUACUUUUGUAAAAUGUACAGGAAGUAUUUUGAAUACUCGAUAUUCACUUUAUUCCUUCGUGAGAGUUUAAUCUUGCGUGUAUACAAGUAUUCUUAGAUUUAACCUGACUGUCUCACAGUCAGUUGCAAAAUUUUUGAAAACAUUUUUUAAAUGAUAUAAAAAAAUCUUGUAACUUUGUAAUUUUUUAAACUGACGUUCUGAAUUUUUUUGAUGUCGAAUGCUCACAGUGCGAAACCAGCCGAGGUGCAUUCUUGAACAGCAAGAAACAUUACAACAUCGACCGUAAUCGAGGUUCGGUUUCUCUCGCAAUGGGCAUUACACGCAACUAUUGUUAUUACUAUAAAGUCGUGCCCGUGCUAAAAAGCUCGGCUUGACAUUACCAUUUAUUUUCACAACAUUAAAUACCCAAGAGACGCAAAUAAAUACAUAUUGAAUUAUUUUCAUCUUGAGAUCAACAUGAAUAUUUGAAAAAUAAUGAUUUUAUAUUAUAUAUUUAUUUUUAAGAUGUUGAAUAAAGACUACGAAUGUUGACUAGUUGGAAGUUUUAAUGCUAGUAUUUUAAGCAUAUCCGAAACUGAUACCUUCGGUUCUUGAAAGAAGCUUGAGAAGCGACUCCAAGAGGGGGAUUUGCGCAUACACAAGAUUCUGUAUGACGCGAAUUGUAGUUUUCAAUGUAUAAUUGUACAGGAAUGUAUGAUUGUGCCAUAAUAAUAGUUAUUAACGUCGCUUACGAUGAAACUUUCCGAGUCAAAUGCGCAUCGAGUAUGUACAUUAUACCUUCGGUAACAAUUUUUUAUGCAAUGUGAAGCAAGACUUAUACAUACGAUUAUUGAUAAAAAGAGUAUUUUGUGGGAAGCCGUGUUACCGCAGAUCUACGUUGGCUAUGAACAAUGUUGUGUACAUAAUGUGGCGACACGCCUCACGAUUGUACAUUAAUAUUUGUACAUAGAAUGUACCGAUAGCACAGUAAUGAGCAUAGGAGAUAGUUAUAUAGAAUGGGGUAGUCUGUGGAAAUACAGUUUGCCCGUGGCUGUGACGACUGUAAAAUUCCGAUAAGAAGUAUUUGAAGACUUUUGCGUUCGCAAUCGUUCGCGAGUCGUUUCAGAAAAAUUGUAAAUUGUUACCUUUGUUGGUGUCCUGUACGUUGUGAAUAUAAUGAUAAUUACAAAUAAAGUUUGCGUUCCAUUUC